AUGGCAGGUGGAGGAUUUGCUGAUAUAGGGAAUGCCAAGAGGGCUCAUCUAUACCAGUACAAGAUUACUGGAUUUUUCAUCUAUUCUUGCAUUGUUGGAGCUCUCGGUGGCUCUCUAUUCGGCUAUGAUCUUGGUGUUUCAGGUGGAGUUACCUCCAUGGAUGAUUUCCUAAAAGAAUUCUUCCCACAUGUGUAUGAGAGGAAGCAUGCACAUCUUGCAGAAACAGAUUAUUGUAAAUAUGAUGAUCAGCUAUUGACACUCUUCACUUCAUCUCUGUAUUUUGCUGCCCUCAUAUCCACCUUUGGUGCUUCAAGUUUAACGAAGAACAAAGGAAGGAAAGCCAGUAUCUUAGCUGGUUCCAUAAGCUUCUUUAUUGGAGCAGUUCUAAAUGCAGCUGCAAAGAACAUUGCAAUGUUGAUCAUUGGACGUGUCCUUCUUGGUAUUGGCAUUGGGUUUGGUAACCAAGCUGUUCCUCUCUAUCUUUCAGAAAUGGCUCCAUCAAAAAUAAGAGGAGCAGUGAACCAACUCUUUCAAUUAACAACAUGUUUGGGAAUUUUAGUCGCUAACCUUGUGAAUUAUGGUACUGAGAGGCUUCAUCCUUGGGGGUGGAGGUUGUCUCUUGGUUUAGCUACUGUUCCAGCAAUUUUGAUGUUCAUUGGAGGUUGUGUGUGUCCUGAGACACCUAAUAGUCUUGUGGAACAAGGACGAAUUGAGGAAGGAAGAAUAGUGUUGGAGAAGGUUAGGGGCACCCCUAAUGUUGAUGCUGAAUUUGAUGAUCUUCUUGAGGCUAGUAGAGACGCAAAAGCUAUUAAGAACCCAUUUCAGAACCUCCUUAAAAGAAAGAACAGACCACAGUUAAUAAUUGGUGCAUUGGCUAUUCCAGCAUUCCAACAGCUAACUGGCAACAACUCCAUUCUCUUCUAUGCCCCUGUCAUUUUCCAAACCUUGGGAUUUGGCUCUAGUGCAUCUCUGUAUUCAUCUGUUAUUACAAGUGUUGCACUUGUUCUUGCCACUCUGAUCUCAAUGGCUUAUGUUGACAAGUUCGGUAGGAGAGCUUUCUUUUUGGAAGCCGGUGCUGAAAUGAUAUUCUGCAUGGUUGCUACAGCUAUAGUUUUGGCUUUGGAAUUUGGAAAGGGAAAGCAACUACCAUUGGGUAUUGGUAUCUUUUUAGUUAUAGUGAUUUUCUUAUUCGUUUUGGCAUAUGGAAGAUCUUGGGGUCCCUUGGGGUGGUUGGUUCCUAGUGAGCUAUUCCCACUAGAGAUAAGGUCAGCAGCACAAAGUGUUGUGGUGUGUGUCAACAUGAUCUUCACAGCACUUGUGGCACAACUCUUCCUUGUAUCACUUUGCCACCUCAAAUAUGGAAUUUUCUUGCUAUUUGGUGCCUUGGUUGCCCUUAUGAGCUGCUUUAUCUUCUUCUUCUUGCCAGAAACUAAACAAGUUCCCAUUGAGGAGAUUUAUCUUCUGUUUGAGAAGCAUUGGUUUUGGAAGAGAAUAGUAGCAGGAAACAAUGGAUCUGGAACACCCGUAUAA